GAUAUUUGCCAUGCACGAAACGGAAGAAAUGAGGGAGAUGAUUUUUAUGCUUAUUGUGAGCAAGUUAAUGGAAAAAACACUUGUCCUUUUCAGACAGGGCUCGGAAAAGGAACUAGCCCUGCUGGUAGUUUUCCAGAUAUGAAAGCAAAGCUUGGUACUGAGAGAAAUCAUCGCUCAUAUAUUUCUGAGGCUGAGUUUUUGACACAUUCAGCUUCUCAACCAUUAUGGGCGAAGUCUGAGCCUAAGGUAUGUUUUGAAGUUAUGAUCGAUGAAAACUUAAGCCUGGAUGGUGAUUCAUGUGAUGGAAUUAAGAUAGAGAAGAUCUCAACACACAGGAUUGAAUUCAGGUCGAAAGUUCUUGUGCCGUUAUUCCAUGGUCACCAAAUGCCACAAUUUCCACAAUCAAGGUCCCAUGCUUCGGAUAAUGAUACAAGUGCAUCAUUGCUAAGCAAUGAGUCGUUCUUAUCAGAAGAAAUGAAGCCUUCUCUUAGAAGCUUUUAUAGUUCUUUGAAUUGCGUGCCAGAAACUGCUGCUGUGACUGAGCUUCCUGGGGGAUUCCAACAGAAUUGUGUUGGUAAUUUUCAACUUCCAGCUGAAACCAAUGAGAACAAUGUAAAUAACACCAUCCAUCAGUACUCAAAUAAUCAUGAAGGCAUGAAGCAGGAGGCCAAAACCGAGGCCGUGCUCCAGAGAACAAACACAAUGGAUAGUGUUACGAUGGAGUUUCAUUUUGACAAUUACAAUGAUAACGAGAUUGAUUAACCUCAACCAGCAUUGUUUACAUUCAUGUAUAUAUAUAUAUAUAUAUAUAAAGUGGUGGAAUUGACUUCAAAGGGAGGAGUCAUGCCACCAAUAAAAUCUCCAUUAAUUUGUAAAUAAUGAUUGUUUUAGUGUUGAAUUAUUGUUUCAAGGCUUUGAGGUUGCCACAUCAGCAUUAUCCACUUCCAUUCAGCCAUUCUCGUCCUCAGUUAACUCCAAACCAUGAGAUAUGUGGCUCUCGCUUGCACCACGCCAGUGUGAAUGGGGGAAGCAGAGCCCAAGGCGCCGCUGGCGCUGGAGGCGAUGGCAGGGGCAUUGCAGCGCCUGGUGGUGCGGAACGAGAAGCUCUUCAUUGACGGAGAGGAGCCAAAACUGGGGCCAGAGCCAGAGGGAAAGCGGCGUGGGCUGGCGGCGUUCCGUGGUGCACGGGCGCCGAGCAUCAGCAUCGCAACUUAUCUUGAAAGGAUUUACAGGUACACAUCUUGCAGCCCAUCGUGCUUCGUGGUUGGCUUCAUUUACGUCGACCGCAUGGUUCAUAAAGAUCCUGGUUCUCUGGUUGUUUCGCUUAAUGUCCACCGUGUCGUCCUCACCAGCGUCAUGGUUGCUUCCAAGGUCCUUGAUGAUGUGCAUUACAAUAAUUCAUUCUUUGCAAGAGUUGGAGGUGUGAGCAAUGCAGAGCUGAACAGAAUGGAGCUGGAACUACUGUCACUGUUGGACUUUGGGGUGAUGGUGAGCUCUCGUGUGUUUGAGAGUUAUUGCUUUCACCUGGAGAAGGAGAUGGCCUGGAGUGGAGCAAGCCAGAAGAUUGAGAGAACUAUCAUUGAUUCUCUGAAUGUUGAGAUUGAGACUCCAGAGAAUGACAAGACAAAGAGCUUUCCAUCUCCUCCGCGGAAGUCCUUGGGUUAAUGUUGUCAGUCUUCGGAGUUGUUUAUAGUUACAGGUUUUCUGUUUCUAAACCUUGAGUAAUAGAUGAAGAAAUACAGCUUAUUUGAAGUUAU